AUGUCUACCGGGUCGAACUCUCUGAUUUGGUUCCGAAAGGGGCUCCGAAUCCACGACAAUCCGGCUCUCGAGCACGCGGCCAAGGGGUCCGACUUUUUGUAUCCUGUUUUCGUGAUCGAUCCUCACUACAUGGAGCCUGAUGUCACAGCGUUUUCCCACGGGUCGAAGCGGGCCGGGUUGAACAGGAUCAGGUUCUUGCUCGAGAGUCUCGUGGAUCUCGAUUUGAGCCUCAAAAGGCUCGGGUCGCGUUUGGUGGUGCUCAAGGGUGAGCCUAGCCAGGUCUUGAUUCGCUGCUUGAAGGAGUGGAACAUAAGCAAGCUUUGUUUUGAAUAUGACACGGACCCAUAUUAUCAAGCUCUAGAUAAUCAAGUCAAGAGUAAUGCAUCUGCAGCUGGCAUUGAGAUAUUUUCACCUGUCAGCCAUACUCUCUUCAAUCCUGCAGAUAUCAUACAGAAGAAUGGUGGAAGACCACCUUUGAGCUAUCAGUCUUUUAUCAAACUCGCUGGGGAACCCUCUUGGGCAUCCUCGCCUGUUUCAAAUGCACUUUCUUGGCUUCCUCCUGUUGGAAACUGUUCAACCACAGAAGUCCCGUCAAUGGAAGAACUUGGCUAUGAUGACAGUGCCGAGGUUGAGAGAACUCCCUUUGUAGGUGGUGAAUCAGAAGCAUUGAGACGAUUGAGAGAAUAUCUAUCAAACAAGGAAUGGGUGGCUAACUUUGAGAAACCCAAGGGUGAUCCAUCUGCAUUUCUAUCACCAGCAACAACUGUAUUAUCGCCUUAUUUGAAAUUUGGUUGUCUAUCUUCCAGGUACUUCUACCAGUGCAUUCAGGACAUCCAGAGAACUGUUAAGAAGCACACAUCUCCCCCAGUUUCUCUUCUUGGACAGUUAUUAUGGCGAGAUUUUUUCUACACUGUUGCUUUUGGAACUCCUAAUUUUGACCGGAUGAAGGACAAUAAAAUAUGCAAGCAGAUACCGUGGAAAAAUGACGAUGAAUUGCUAGCUGCUUGGAGAGAUGGCAGGACAGGGUUUCCUUGGAUAGAUGCCAUAAUGGUCCAGCUGCAUAAGUGGGGUUGGAUGCACCAUCUUGCUCGGCAUUGUGUUGCAUGUUUUUUAACUCGUGGAGAUCUGUUUGUGCACUGGGAAAAAGGACGUGAUGUUUUUGAGAGACUUCUUAUUGAUUCUGAUUGGGCAAUCAACAAUGGGAACUGGUUGUGGCUCUCAUGCUCGUCCUUUUUUUACCAGUACAACCGAAUUUAUUCUCCAAUCUCAUUUGGAAAGAAGUACGAUCCUAAUGGGAACUACAUUAGGUAUUUUCUUCCAGUAUUAAAAGACAUGCCUAAGGAGUAUAUUUAUGAGCCAUGGACAGCUCCUUUGAGCAUACAAGUUAAGGCCAAAUGCAUCAUUGGAGAAGAUUAUCCAAAACCAGUGGUCUCCCACGAUUCCGCAAGCAAAGAAUGCAAGCAGAUAUUAUAUGAAGCGUAUGAGUUGAACAAAAAGUUAAACGGCAUAGUGAGUGAAGAAGACCUGGAAAGUUUGAAGAGAAAAGUUGAGGAUCAUAAGAAUUUGGAGUCAAAAUCCAAAAGACUAAAACAGACGCGGACUGGCUAA